GAGAUGGUGAGCAGCCAGUCACUGUAGGAGAUGAUGAACUGCCAGUCACUUUUAGAGAUGGUGAACUGCCAGUCAAUGUGGGAGAUGGUGAACAGCCAGUCACCUUACGAGAAAGUGAACACCCAGUCACUUUGAGAGAUGGUGUACAGUCAGUCACUGUAGGAGAUGAUAAACAGCCAGUCACUGUGGGAGAUAGUGAACAGCCAGUCGCUGUGGGAGGUGGUGAACAGCCAGUCACUGUAGGAGAUGGUGAACAGCCAGUGACUGUGAGAGAUGGUGAACAGCCAGUCACUGUGGGAGAUGCAAAACAGCAAGCCACUGUGAGAGAUGGUGAACAGCCAAUCGCUAUAGGAGAUGGUGAACAGCCGGUCACUCCAGUCAUUGUGGAAGAUGGUAAACACCCAGUCACUGAGGGAGAUGGUAAACAGCCAGUUACUGUGGGAGAUGAUGAACGGCCACUCACUGAGGGAGAUGGCAAACACCCAGUAGCUGUGGGAGACGGUGAACGGCCAGUCGCUGUAGGAGAUGAUGAACUGCCAGCCACUGUGGGAGAUGGUGAACAGCAAGUCACUGUAGGAGCUGAUGAACAGCCAGUCACUAUAGGAGAUGGAGGACAGCCAGUAGCCUUAGGGGAAGCUGAACAACCAGUCACUUUGGGAGACGGUGUACAGUCAGACCCUGUAGGAGAUGGUGAACAGUCAGUCACUGUGGGAGAUGGUGAACAACCAGUCACUGUAGGAGAUGGUGAGCAGCCAGUCACUGUAGGAGAUGAUGAACUGCCAGUCACUUUUAGAGAUGGUGAACAGCCAGUCGCU